AUUAGAUUUUACCAAGUCUAAAACAUAUAUCAUAACAAUAUAUUGUGUGUAGUUCAUAAUGAAUAACAGAAUAUUCAUAAUCCUGUUGGUUAUUACUAUUAUUGUUGCCAUGGUGGUUGAGGAGAACCAGGCAGAUGAAACUGGAACAGCAAGUCCUCAGGGUACUAAAAAUAGAGGUCAACGCCGUAAAAAAGGUAGAGGUGGAAAGGGUCGGGGUAAAGGACGAAAGGGAAAGGGCGAUAGCAAUGAAAGCCAUAGUUGGGUAACCGGCUAUACCGGCGAUGUGGGCACCCAGCGAGUGACCGAUCACGUGAACAGCGCUAUAUUUAACGCCAAACACAAUCUGAUCCAGGUUCUGGGUGACUAUGGCCAUAACAAUGCGCAUCAUCUGACGCGUUUACUGGUCUGGAUCAUCUAA